GCCAUGGGCCUGUUUGAAUAUCUGACCAGAAACAACAAAGUCGGUGUCAUGAUGGAUGAGAAAGAAGCAUACGAUAAGGUACGUCGCACAACAGUAUUAAAGAAGGUGGCGGAAAAGAAUGGUCCAACAUCUACCUCAGAAGGUGCUCCAAAGAUUCAGCCGCGCAGAUUGUCUGAUGAAAGUAAAGGCACAGAGAAACGGAAAAAGAGUCAAGGAAUGACAAUGGCAAGAAAAAAGAAGCUGGCAAAACAAAGAAGAGAGGAGGGCCUUACAUUCAGAAACAGACUAAAGAAUUGCGAUUAUUAGCGAGAUAUAAAAUACGCUGUCAAAAAUUGUAAUCAUUAGUAAUCAUAAACUUUAAAGUAACUUUUUAAACUUUCUCGAUCCUGGAUUUGGCUUAUAAUGGAUCAAAAUAAAAGAAAAA